GCUGUCAACAUGUCCACUCUUCGCUUCGGGCAGCACCUCAUCAAGGCCUCGGCGGUCUUCCUGCAGACGGAGCUCAGCUUCGCUCUGGUCAACCGGAAGCCCGUGGUGCCGGGACACGUGCUCGUGUGCCCGCUCCGACCCGUGGAGCGGUUCCGGGACCUCCAACCCGAGGAGCUGGCGGAUCUAUUCAAAACCACCCAGCUGGUGGCGGACCUGGUGGAGAAGCACUUCAGCGCCACCUCGCUCACCAUCGCCAUCCAGGACGGUCCCGAGGCCGGGCAGACCGUGAAGCACGUCCACGUGCACGUGCUGCCCCGCAGGGAGGGCGACUUCCAGAGGAACGACAGCGUGUACGAGGAGCUGCAGAGACACGACCGGGAGAGUGAGGACGCUCCCUCCGGGUGGAGGUCCGAGGAGGAGAUGGGUGCGGAGGCUGCGGUCCUGAGGAGGCUCCUGCAGAGGACGUGAACUGACUUUGACCACAGGACCAGAGCUCCUCAUGUUAACGUGGAACAAUAUUCACUCACACCUUCAUUCGUUUGUGUUGCUGCAUGCGUGUGGUUAGAGAUAAACACACACUAAAGUCGUUUGUGUGUGUGUAGCAAGUAUCCUUAAUUAUCUGGCUUUUGAAGUUUUAUUCAAAGUUCAUAAUUCAUAAGUUCCUUUUUGCAGCAAAUAUCUGUUAUUGUCACGAGUAAAAAUCUAAAUGAAGUUUAUUUCCUUACAAAUAUUCUUUGUCGUCAGGGAUGUGAUUAAAAAAUCUAAAUAAACAAAAGAGGUUAUACUUUUUUCCCCAGCAAUAUUUCUUAUUGUCAACCACGUGAAACAAAAAACAAUCCAAAAUCUCCAUGGAUAUGUUUCUGUACAGUUGUUAUUACUGACUUGAUGAUUUCUCGUGUUUUCUAGUUGAGCCGUUUAAAAGCAAAUCUCUGAUAUUAAACUGAGAA